CGACCCAAACCAAAUUAGCCCUUUUAUCCGCUGCCGCCGCGCCAUCACCUCUCACCCGCUGCGCCGCCCGCCUCCUAUGCUCUGUUGCUGAGUGCCGCAUCCCCGAGUCCGCCGCCCUCGUCCCGCAGCUCGCCGAUAGUAAGUAGCUACAGCGCUGCUGCCCAGCCUGCCUGUGUCCGCCGAUCCUUCAGCCCGAUUGAGCCAUUGUCGAAAUGGGUAAGAAGAAAUCAGAUGAGUCUGCUGCUGGUACAAAGUCCAAGCAGGGGGCUAAGGAGAAGUUCUCGGUGACUGAAUUACUCGCGAGCAUGGAUGCAAAACCUGAUAAACCUAAGAAAGCAAGUGCCUCCACUAGCAAACCCAAGCCAAAAGCUGCUCCUAAAACCUCGUCUUAUAUUGAUGGUAUAGAUCUUCCUUCAUCUGAUGAAGAGGAAGAUGUUUUGGGCUCAGAUGAAGAGGCACGUCUGAAUGAGGUAAACAGCCGCAGAAAUAUUGCAAAGCCUAUUGACACAGGUCUAACUGACAAAGAGUUAAAGAAGCGUGGAAAGAAAGAUGUGCUUGUAGCUCAGGCUGCAGAGGUAGCCAAAAAGGAGGCACUCAAGGAUGACCGUGAUGCAUUUACUGUUGUAAUUGGUAGCCGGGCAUCCGUACUUGAUGGCGAAAAUGAUGCUGAUGCCAAUGUGAAAGAUAUAACAGUUGAAAACUUCUCUGUUGCUGCUCGGGGGAAAGAACUCUUGAAGAAUACUUCAGUGAAAAUUUCCCAUGGGAAGAGAUAUGGGUUGGUAGGGCCCAAUGGAAUGGGUAAAUCUACCCUGUUAAAGCUUCUUGCUUGGAGAAAGAUACCCGUGCCCAAAAAUAUUGAUGUACUUUUGGUAGAACAAGAGGUCGUUGGUGAUGAUAGAACAGCUCUUGAAGCUGUUGUUUCAGCUAACGAAGAACUUGUCAAACUUCGACAAGAAGUUGCUUCUUUGCAGGAUGCCUCGACUAUGUCCACUGGUGAUGGUGAGGAAGAUGGCGAUGAAGGGAAUGAUGUGGGAGAGAAGCUGACUGAAUUGUAUGAGAAGUUGCAGUUGAUGGGAUCAGAUGCUGCUGAGGCACAAGCUUCUAAAAUUCUUGCUGGGCUGGGUUUUACCAAAGAUAUGCAGGGUCGAGCAACACGGUCCUUUAGUGGUGGUUGGAGAAUGAGAAUUUCAUUGGCCAGAGCACUUUUUGUUCAGCCUACUUUGUUGCUAUUGGAUGAACCUACAAAUCAUCUGGACCUCAGGGCUGUUCUCUGGUUGGAAGAAUACUUAUGCAGGUGGAAGAAAACUCUUAUUGUUGUCUCACACGACCGGGAUUUUCUAAAUACUGUUUGCAACGAGAUUAUUCAUCUGCAUGACUUGAAGCUUCACCUUUAUCGUGGAAAUUUUGAUGAUUUUGAAGGUGGAUAUGAGCAGCGCCGCAAAGAGGCGAAUAAGAAGAGUGAGGCUUAUGAAAAGCAGCUGAGAAAUGCGAAGAGAUCUGGCAGUCGAACUCAGCAGGAGAAGGUCAAGGAUCGAGCCAAAUUUAAUGCUGCCAAGGAAGCCUCAAAGAGCAAGAGUAAAGGUAAGGUUGAUGAGGAUGAGCCCGUACCUGAGGCACCACGGAAAUGGAAGGAUUACACAGUGGAGUUCCAUUUCCCUGAGCCUACCGAGCUAACACCACCACUUAUGCAACUACUGGAAGUUAGCUUUAGCUAUCCAAAUCGUGAGGACUUCAGGCUGUCUAAUGUGGAUGUCGGCAUUGAUAUGGGGACUCGUGUAGCAAUUGUCGGACCCAAUGGAGCUGGAAAAUCAACCUUGCUCAACCUUCUCGCUGGAGAUUUGGUUCCAACUGAGGGUGAGGUGAGGAGAAGUCAGAAGUUGAGGAUAGGUAGAUACUCGCAGCACUUUGUGGAUCUCCUGACAAUGGAUGAAACACCGGUUCAGUAUCUGCUUCGCCUACAUCCAGAACAAGAAGGGCUCAGCAAGCAGGAGGCUGUCCGGGCAAAGCUGGGAAAGUUUGGACUUCCCAGCCACAACCAUCUGACUCCUAUUGCAAAACUAUCUGGUGGGCAGAAGGCGCGCGUGGUUUUCACUUCCAUAUCCAUGUCUAAGCCGCAUAUUCUACUGUUGGAUGAGCCGACCAACCAUUUAGACAUGCAAAGUAUAGAUGCAUUGGCAGAUGCGCUUGAUGAGUUCACUGGAGGCGUUGUUCUUGUGAGCCACGACUCAAGGCUUAUAUCACGCGUUUGUCAGGAUGAAGAAAAGAGCCAGAUAUGGGUGGUCGAAAACGGAACUGUUGAGGCUUUCCCUGAUUCAUUUGAAGAUUACAAGGAUGAGCUUGUCAAGGAAAUCAGGGCCGAGGUUGACGAUUGAUUGGUUCGCAAUAGCUUCGAGUUAUUUAAACAUAAAAAGACCAUAUUUUUACUUCCAUGAUUUGCGUUUAUUUGGUGAAAGUAGUAAUAGUGAGUGUAUUUUUUGACACUGUAAGAGGAGCUUGAUCAUUUUGAGGGUACAGAUAUGACCUGAUUACAUUUA